AAACCUUUCACCAAAACGUCAAACGCUCUUCUGUCAAGCGUACGAGCAGCUCUGGAACGAAAAUACCAACCCGAAACCGAACCGCGAUCGCGCAUUUGUUUUUCCUCACCCGUGUGGCGUUUGGCCGGAAAAUUUAACCCGAAACACCCGAUCCGCACCGACCGAGCCUCACGAUGGCCAGCUGCAUGCUGCGUGGUUCACUGUCCAAGCCAGCAAUGGCUUUCGCGCGUACACUUGUUGCCAGCCAAACCCUGCCGAAGGCUCCGUUUUUCACCGCCACCCUGCUGACGCCGGCCCGGAAACCGCAGCUGUUCACCAGCACCGUGCGCAACUUUGCCGUAUCGCCGGUGCGGUGUUCGAGCGGUGGCAGUCACGUUACGCUGUGGAAUGCCGAACGCGCCCUGUCCGUUGCCCUGCUGGGAGUGAUCCCGGUUGGUUUGAUGUUUCCCUCACAGGUCGGUGAUACCCUGAUUGCGGUGAGCAUUGUGAUGCAUCAGCAUUGGGGUUUGGAAGCAAUCGUGACCGAUUACGUGCGUCCGAUCCUGUUCGGCACGACCGUACCGAAGCUUGCCCACGGUCUGCUGCUCCUGGUGUCCGCCGCCACGCUCGGUGGUCUGUUCUACUUCAACUACAACGAUAUCGGUAUUGCGGGUGUCGUCCGUAAAAUCUGGUCCACCAAAGCGAAGGAAUAGAAGGCGCGACCACACCGAUCUCGAAUGGGAGUGAUGGAAGAUUAAAUUAUUAUUAUUAUGUCUGCUUCCCUACCAAACAGAAACAAGAGCAGCGGAGCGGGAGGCAUAGAGAAUAGAAUCGGCUUUUUCAUGCAAGACUUAGUAAUAGCUUGCAGCAAAUCCUGUACACAACAAAAUCACACGAAUGGUUAGCGGUUGAAAUACAAAAACAAAAAACAAAUUUAUUGUAAAUUGCCUUUCUCCAAUCCAUGAGCACACCGGAGAGAGAGAGGGAGAGAUGUUCGAUGUGGUAAUAAAUCGUCGUUAAACGAACUUUUUUCCUA